GUCACAAUAACUGUCAAUUGAUGUAUUUUCAUUCAUCACAAUCAUCUGCAAUGCUGUAAAUUGUGAAAUGAAUACCGUCGAAAACCAUUAUUUUAAUUUUAUUUCUGUUCUUAAAUAAUUGGAUGCCGGGUGAAUAAAUGAAGACGUCUCCUCGAAACGCUGCAGGGAACACCACAAUGAGGAAAUAUUAUCAACUUAUUCUCGUCAUAGUAUGCUUUAUGAGCAUCAUUACUUUGCUCAUAUACCGCCAUGAGUAUUACAGGCUGAGGUACGUGCUCGAAGUGUUGAAUUUCUUUGGCAAACCGGGCCUUUCUGAGAUCGAAUUCUGCGGCCCAGGUUUUAACGCGACUAUGUUAUCUGAGAUCCUUCGAAAUUCAUCGCUAGAAAUCCGCGAAACUCCGCCUCUCUUUCAGCAGAUUGAUGAGAAUUUCUAUUCUUAUUCAUCUUUCUUGAGAUCUUAUCAGAAAUAUGAAAAAUUGACGCCAAUGCAUCCUCACAACAUUGACACUAUUGUGAUCGGCAAGGCGCACGUCCCACCUAAUUUCCGAUGCAACAUUUGGCUAGAGAACACAGACAAACCUAAAGCAGGCAGGUUUAACUACAAAAUUGUGUCUGAACCUAUCAAUGAUUUCCGCUUAUACAUCUUCCAAUGUUCACUGAACAAGAACUUGGGAAAGCCCAAAGGAAUCAGCUUCUACAGCAAUGAUUAUAAUAUAAACCCAAUACAUGCACCAAUAAACAGAGUUAUUGAGGUGAACACUAAGAGAAAACCUAGGGAGAGAAGUAAUAUUAAGUUUGUGAAUAACAUUGAACCAGCUAUUUGUAUCAUACCAAACCAAGUGCCAUUGGUAUCAAGAGAUUCUUUCAUAGAGUUUUUAGUCUUCCACCAUAUGGUGGGAGUGAACUACUUUACAAUAUAUGACAGUAUGAUAUCCGAAGAUAUAAUUAGAAGACUGAACCUACUGCCACCUGACAUCACUCAGUGGAACAUACAAUUCUUCCCUCUUAACUAUCCAUUUGUAUUUGCUAAGUCAUACAACAUUGUAAGGAAUGCUAUAGAGCUUGAUUGUCUCUUCAGACACUUUAGAAUAGAUAAAGAAGAAACCGAGAAAGUAAGUCAUGCUAUGGUUAUGUCUUGGGAUGAGUUUUUAGUUCCUAGAGUCCAUAAUAAUGUGAAGGAAAUAUUCAGUGACUUUGAUCCUACUAGGAAAUUCAAAACUCUAGAAGUGACACCUCUGUUAUUCUGUUUGAACCAACCUGAUGAUGAUAGGACAGAAGAAGGGUUCCCAGAUCUAAUGAAGAAGACACAUUACUACAUCAUGUCGGAGCAAUUGAAGCCAGUGUAUGUGAGGAAUUUGGAUGCCAUGCCAACAUUUGAGGAUAUGUUUAGUUUUAACUCGAGUGUUAAAGUGUUACCAGUAGAAAUACUGGCAGCACAUAAGUAUACGGAGUGUAGGGAUCCAAAGGUGUACAAUCCGAGUGGAGGUGGGUACAAUGAGACUCAAAUGCAAGUGUUCCAGCACAAGUUUGAAGGAGCAAUGGUGAAAUUUGGACAGAGUUUAGUUAGCAAUAAGGUUUACAGGUUGUACAGGUCGGGAAAGAUUUGGGAGAAGUCUAGCAGUGAAUUUGUAAGAGAUAUGUUAUGAAUUGCAAAUAAGUGAUUAAAGUUUAUGUACUUGCACAGGACAAAAUAAUUUGAUGUGCUUUAGUUUUCACCUGACUCAUAUUCAACAAUAUUCUUCCUUAUAAUGUUAAUACUACCUAAUUGUAGCAAUGACAUCAUAUUGGUGGUGGUUUUAUUACCUGUUUUUGUGUGUACCUUGUUUUCUAUAGAAUGUUUAAAUUAACAUAUUGGAUCAAUGACACAAUAUGAAAAUUACAGAGUGAAUGCUAAAGAACAUCUUAUUAUUUUGAUCAUAAUGAAUCAAGAUUAAUAUCUUGAAAGCCAAGCAAAAUGUUUCCAUUUUAAGUAGAUCAAAAUGUUUAGAGCCGCGCUUAGUUUUGAAUAGUAGCUCAGCUAGCAAGGCUCGAGUCGAAUAUAAUGAAAGAAAACAAAAAAACAACCAGUAUUAUAACACCGGCCAUAAUAUUUUAAAACAUUUUUAUGCUUUCUUUCAAUUUUUUCGUUGACGUUGUACCAUGGGCUAGUGUGUUGUGGCUUCACGCACGACAAUGUAAAUUUUAUCUCUAAGAUACUAAGGUUGGUUUUCGCAUAAAAGUAACCUGUAGCAACCAACUCACAAGAUCCCUAUCUUGGAACAAAAUUCAUCGAAAUCGAUUCAGCGAUUUCGGCGUUUAAAACGUAACAAAGAUAAUCACUAUAGUUCGAAAUGCCGCAACAUACUCGCUCGUGAAUAAAAUUAUAUAUUUGAUGUAGGUAGUAUGUAGGUAUUUGAUGACCCAAUUUCUUUAUGAUAUUGUUAUGAUUUUUUAUGAUAAAUAAGAUAAUUUUUAUACAUAUAGAAUACUGUUUUAAGACGGUUCUUAAACUCGAAAUUAACUUGCAUUUUGAUUUAAACUUAUGUUUUAAUUUGUGUGGAUUAUUUCGAAUUACGAAUUAAUUUGAGCAUUUAGGUAUAGUAUGCAAAACUAAUUUACACUCUUUGUACCAACGUUAAAGUACAUUUUCGUGUUGUUUUCUCACUAUAUUAUUAUAAUACCUAAUAUUAUCUAUUAAAUAGUAUAGUAUCGUUAUAUAGAAUAUCGUUAAGAUGUGCCUUGAAUAUAGUGGUGGCUAGUUAGAUAGAACAUACCUACUCAAUUUUCGUCUCUAAAAAUAGCACAAUAAGACUGCUUUUUGAUCGCCAAAUACUGUACUUCCAUCAUUAAGUGAUUGAUUGGUUUGAUUGACAUUGAAGGACUUUGAAGCAAGAUUUUGUAUCGUAUUAUAAUAUUUCAUAUUCUAAUGUAUGUUCUUUGAAUCGGCAGCCAUUUCAUCGUGUGUUUUUGACGUAAUGUAACUAGUGAAAACCGAUGUCUGAAAUAUUUUAAAGAUAAUCUAAUUGUAAAUUCUUUAUUGUGUUAAAAUGUAUGUUAUUAAAAGUUUAUAUUUUUAUUUGAUGUGCAAUAAAGCUUUAGUUUUAACCUAAACAACUUUCCACAAAUAUAGAACUUAUUUGAAAUGACUGAAAUCGACAAUUCCUUGUAAAGGAAGAAGUAAAUACAAACAGAGAUUUUUAAACACAGUGUUCACAAUUUUGCUUUUUUUACCAUUUCUUAUCAAAAAGCAACAAUUUAUUAUAGUGUCAAUAAGGUACAUUUUCGAAUGAAUAGAGAUUCUAUAGUUAAUAAGGACGUAAUGUUAAUUGUUAAGACUCUUGUAAGGUCAGUCUCAAUUACUUACACGUCAAUAGAUUUGACUACUAGAGAGCGAAAUUUUACAUGUUUUUGUGGGUGGAAAUCAAGCUGGGGAGGCGUGAAGGAAUGUCUGACUCUUGCUGCCUAAAACCCACCCCGUUCCUACCCUGGCUCCGAGUCAGGGCCACUGUAUAUAACCAGUCUUGCUACCCUUACAGGCAUCGACUCUAGUGGGCCCUGUUGUUAUGGAAUUUUCACAUACCAAAAUUACAUCUAUAACUCUAGUAGUUAAAUCUACCAACGGAUAGGUUGUUGAGAAUGACCAAUAAUUAAACACUUUAAUAUAAGUAUGUAAAAAGAUUCCUUUAUCGUUGUGGAGUCGAAACACCCAGUUUUACAGUUUUCUAAUACAGUUUUGAAAUUACUGCGGACUAUAUUUCGGGAUAUUGCAUGUCGCAUCAUGCGUAACUUGUAACUUGUCACCCACAAGACGUCUUCUGCUGAGCAUAGACUUACUCGAAUGACUCCCAGAUAGACCAGAGGCCUUAGUACGAAUUUGUUUUACGUUAUUUACGUUAAAAGUAUUCGAAACGAGUACACGUUCGGAUUG